AAUCUGAAUCUGAUUCAAUAUCGGUGGUUGCCCUUCUCAACUUGCCGUUUCCUUCUUCCUUUCUCCCUUCUACUUUCCUUUUUUUCGUUCUCUGUCUUUCUUUGUUCACGUCGUUCUUGAAAAAUUCUUUUGGCUCUCUUUCUUUCAAGCGUGCUGCCAGUCCAGCUUCAGCUCAGCUGGUCUCUUUUUCCUAUCUUUCCAUCAUCGAGUUUGGGAACUUGGAGUUUCCGACUCUAGUAGUUUUUUAGUUGGAACAACUUGAAGUUGUUUGAGAGAUACAUAAGAUAUUUCGGGGAAAUACAGAAAUGAGUACAAGUUCAAACUCCUCAGCUACUUCAGUAGAUACUGCAAACGCCAGUGCCACGGCCACAGGCGCGGGAUCGUUGCAAGCUGGAAUUAUACAAGCGGCCGCAACUCAAGAAACGACGACCGCGAGUACUGACGCGGAUGCCAAAACCUUGUCCGCCAUAAGCUCAAUUAGUAGUGCAUUUGAAACAAGCUCUAGUAGCGUGUCUCAAACGACCAUCACAACCUCCACCAAGGCCACCAGUACAACGUCGAGCUCCACUUCAUCGUCUACGUCCGCAAAAGUUUCAUCUGUGUCGACGACCAGUGCUUCCUCGGGAACGUCCACCAGUACUAGCUCGAUUUCAGUAUCGCAAAGUAAAGCCAGCUCCACGACUUCUGCAUCUGUAUCUUCGUCCGCAUCACCUAUCGCUCAAUCAGUCCAAGCUAUUCAAACACCCAGUUCAACAGCCACCGGCUCCGCUGCAGUUGAAAUUGUUAGCACGGGUACCGUUGACGGGCAUCUAACAACUCUUACAACCCAAGUCUUUGCCGCCACGUCCUCUUCGGGCCAGCCAACACCAACUCAAUUGGACUCAACCGAAACAUUCUUCAAGAAUAAAGCAGCUGUAGGCGGAGUCUUCGGCGCUGCUGGCCUUAUAUUCCUCGUUGUUCUCCUUGCUGUCGUACUCAAGAUCGUCCGGUACCGUUCGAGGCGCAAGUUUGAGAAGGAUCUCGAUGAGCAGGUUCAACAAGAGGUGAGAUCUGGGACACCGAUGUUUGGUCUUGGGAAGGAGGAUGAUGGCUUGAGUAUCAUGGGCGGGAGAGCUGGUGUGAUUAGUGAUCCGGAGAAGGCAGCGUACGCAGACUCUGGAUACGGAUAUCCCAAUACGGCUGCGUCAUACCCUACAUAUGGUGGUUCGGCCCCACCACAGGCCGCUCAACCAGCCUAUUAUUCACCUAACGCCUACUCCAGUCGUCGAAAUCCCUCUCGUGGUCAAUCGCAGGAUUUUAAUUAUCGCGACGGCGGACUCUCCCGCGUAGAUUCUCGUGGAUCGGCCAGGUCGUAUGGUACACUGAACCAACCUCCUAUGAAUGCUUUUGGUCCCUCCCAGUCAAUAUCCGCAGGAGCUAAUGCGCCGGCCUUUGCUCCCGCUACUUUCGCUGCGCACUAUGGUGAAUAUCGUCAUGCUUCGCCCGCACCUUCAACCCAAUCCUGGCAGAGUCACAAUCAGGCUUUCGGCGCCAGACCCGGGACUCCCUCGGCGUUGACACCUGGAGGCAGAGGUAAUUCGAUUCCUGCUCCCCCAAGGAAUGUAUAUACCCCUCAGGAUGUACGAUCGGAUUCACCUGCUGUUCUUUCACGCUACAGCCCUUCGCAUUCUUCUCGAACUUCCGGGGAUGGGUAUGGCGCUGAUGCGUAUAUUGUUGGUCGGAUAACGCAGAUUCAAACCCAAAACGUAGGUGGCCUUGCUGUUGGUCCUGCUUACGGGAAGGAACCUCCUAGUCCUAAUGUUCCAUUGCCUAACCCCUUUGACCAGAGGGAUCGUUGAAGUCAGCGAUUUGUAGUGUCUUAGAUUUUUGCUUUAUUUUGCGCGCUGGGACUUGCUCUUUCUGGUUUUCCUACUUCAUUUACUUGAUUAUACAUUGAAAAUGUGGUGCGUCUGCUAUACAUAGGGCUUUCGAAGGUUCGCCAUAGGAUAUAUACUCGUCAAGAAACAUAUAAAAUAUGUGCACAAUAAGGCCUUUACA